GUUAGAUCUAUGUUGUCCUCCUCGGCUCCAUCUGAAGAGCAAUAUCGAUCAAUGCUACUUUAUUAUCAAUGAUGGUUUUAGAUAUGAAUUGUUUCGAUAGAGAUCUACAUUCUCUGACGAUAGAUCUAAGAUCUCUG